AUGAUUCCUAAUUUAACUACGCAUCAACAAGAUGUUGUUGACCCUGUUGAAGAAAUGUUAAAAAAGACUGGUUGUAUGGAAAUUCAUUAUGAAGUUCAAGAAUGUAUAGCAGAAAAUCAAGAUUGGAGAAAGUGUCAAGAGCAAGUACAAAAAUUCAGAGUGUGUAUGGAAGAAUAUCAAAGAAAAAGAGAAGAGUCAUACUCAAAUAAAUAA